AUGUUUCCUACCAAUAAUCCCCACUUCCCAACUGCUGGUUCGCAACAGGAUGCUGCAAACAAUCUUAAUAUGGCUUUCUUCCUGCAGCAGUUCAGGAACCCGCAAGCUUUGGCACAGCUGUAUCGGGCUCAGGACUCAGCACUUCAACUUCAACGCCAAUAUGAACAACAGCUGGCUCAAUUUCAAGCAUAUCAGAUGCAUGCUGUCCAACAACAACAACAACAACAGCAACAACAACAACAACAACAACAGGCUCAAUUAGAACAGCAACAGAUGCAGAGAUUAAAUUCCGUUAAGCAUCAUCCUCAUGCGGUUCAUGCACACUCUUCAAAACAGUUGCCUAAUAUGAAUGCUGCAUUUGCAGCUGCUAGAGCUCGUCAGCACGUAGAGUCGUCAGCGGAAGCAGAUGCGCGUCGCCGUCGAUCACUCAUAUCUGAUUUUGAGACACCUUCGUCUUCUGCAACGUUUGUAGGCAGUGGCCGUUCCGUCGUUGCCACAAAUGAAGCUCGUGUUGACACGCAGCGAACUCGUGGAGCUGCUGAUACCGCGAUGGUGGUCGCUCAAGAUAUCAAACAACAAGCGAAAAAUGUUAUAACCGAUAAGUUGGAUAAUCUCGAGCGGGAGAAGAAAAGACUUGAUGUACAGUAUGCAUCGCUUCAACGAGAAAAAGAACAACAUGAAAGGGAAUUAGCCGGAAAAGAGCAAAAAGAGGGUGACGAGGACGAAGAAAAAGAAAAUGGAUUAGCGGCAGAUAAAGCUGGCAAACGUUUAAGCCUUGUAGAUCGGAUAGUUCUGGAGAACCGAAGAAAAGCUGCACAAGCAGACAGCAAAAGUCGAAUAUCUAAAUUUCCUCUUUCUGUGCUGAGUGGACCGAUGUAUCAAAAUCCAAGUGACUGCCCACUAGUGAAAGAAACUAUAGAACACUAUGCAGUUAUGAAGCCGCAGUUAAUAAAGAUGUUGGUUCAGAAAAGACAAAAUGAAUUACGGGCGCAGCGGUACCAAACGGGAAGAUACAAUGCGUUGUAUGCUGAAUGGUUAAGCAAAGAUGAAAAUGCGAAGGACGAAAAGCAUCGUGAGAUAUUUGAAAAAACGUUUCCAGAGUUGAAAAAAGCUCAAGAUGUUAGAAGGUGUACCCCGGCUGCGUUGCCUCCGAUGAUGUUAAGUUUGGCAGAUCGAAAGCCAUAUUACGAGGACCGGAAUGGUAUAGUAAAAAAUGCACUUGAAGAGCACACGAAUUACAUUGAAAACUUUUUGUCGUCUUGGACAGAGGAUGAAAAAUUGACAUUUCGCGAGCAAAUUGUAGUUUACGGGAAAAAUUUUGCUGCGAUCGCUGAGUUCUUGGAUCGGAAAUCUGUAAAGGACUGCGUUCUCUAUUAUUACUUGUCAAAGAAAAGACAAAAUUAUAAAGGGAUGAUUGGUAAGCGGCGCAGAAAAGCUGCAAAGUAUUAUCGUCCUCCAAUCAUGCCAAGGUUAGAAGAAGUUGCUCAAAGGGCCCCACCUGAUGCAAUUUCUGUGAAUGUGAACGGCCCGAAAGAGUAUGAGUGUUGUUUAUGUCAUUCUAAAAUCGAUGCCGGGGCAGAUGCAGGACGCGUUUUAACACGUGCCUCUUAUGAGACCCAUGGCGUCGAUUCAACUCACUCAAUUCCAUCAGAUGUACAUAUUUGCCAAAAAUGUCGGUUGAGGGCAAUCAAGUCUAAGUCCUCUGCGCGGUGUCAAGUAGGGACCUGUCAUAAUGCUAGGAGGAAAGUUAAGGCAACGAAACCCAUGCCAAGUAAAUGGAAGUCGCUGAGCGCGGAGCACAAGGACUUUUUUAUGCAUCAAAUGUUAAUUCCAGAGGAUAUCACCAAAUGUUGUCCCACUUGCCACAAGAAGUUGGCUAAGAAAUUAGAAAUGUUAGCUAACGGGGAACUGAAUAAUGAAGUUACUUUGUGGCAAAAAACUUCAACCAUUGUUUGGACUAGCGAGGAGAUAGAGACUCUGAGAAUUACUAUUGAGUCUGGUGCUAAAGAGGAUGAAUUGGAAACCAAAAAACCAAUUGCUGAAGUUUCAAAUGCAAAAACGGAAAAGGCUCCUCCUAACACUGAGAUUUCUACAAGUCCUGAGAAAACCAAACCCACUCAUUCCGUCAGUGAAGAGGAAGUCACCGACGAUGAAAAAGAACAGUAUCGAUUGUGUACAGAUAAUAAAACAGACAUUAUUGCCAGAACGAGUACUAAUGAAUGGAAAAUGAAGCUUCAUCAAGAAAAAGUUUUGGAGAGAGCUGGAGCUGGGGCUGUCGAAGCACCGGAGGAAUCAACAAAAAAAGAUGAUAUUCCUAACACACGGAAAAUCGGGACUGUCUCGAUUCCUCUGUAUAAACCAAAGUUUCAUAGUUUACAUCGCGAGGAAGAGGCGUCGGAUAAUGUUGUGUCAUCAAUUGUGAAAAAAGAAGUCGAAGUUGUUUCUUCUUCGAAAUCAUUACAAAACAGUGACGAUAUUGGAUCGCGACCAUGUAGCGUCAAUCAACUUCCAACAUCGUUUGCGGCGAUUUCCUCAGAAUCUCCAGCUGUUGCUUCUCCGAAAGUUGAGCCAUUUGUUACUGCAUCACCGAAGCCUGCUUAUUCGGCUGCAUCGACUAUACAACAAAAGGAGGCUCCAUUGCCGCAGUGUAAAUUUACCCUGUCGGAAGACAUGUUACAUCAGAGUUCAUCAUUAAUGAAGUUAUCGGGCAGUGGUCCUGCUCAAUUAAGGGGUUCUAUCACUCAAGGUACUCCUAUGAUUCGAUCUCCCCCGACUGGAAACUUCGAGCAGGUCAUCGAAAAAGGUAAGCAGAACCAUGCACCAUCCACAAGCAUAACAUCUACAACACUGCCUAACUUUGCACCUACGACUACUGUGGCAGGAGUAAGUGGUUUGCCGUCUAGCGGAAUGAGUUCGUUUUCUGGUCUUCGAGGAACAAGUAUGCCGUUUCCGUCAACAACACCUGUACCUGCCAUCGGCACACCAUUUGCACCAAAUCCAUCAGUAGACAACCGAACAUCUCCAGCGGAAAACAUUCUGCUUACUUGUGAUCCUCGUUUUCAG